GGCGGGGCAGCGGCAGCGCGAGCUGCCAAGGUGCGCGCGCGCCGCCGCCGCCGCACCCGCCCCUCCCGCGGCGGGCAGGGACGGGUCGGUCCCGCUCCGCUCCAGCCUCAGCCUCAGCCCCAGCCCCGCUCCGCCGCCCCCGAGCAGCGGCAUGAAGCGAAGGUUAAUAAUGCUUGUGAGCCAGAGGUGAAAGUGGCUCAGCAGAACACCAUCGGGAAAUCUGGCAGACUGGAAGAGCACAGCUGCCCCCCUGGGCAGCUGCCACGUGUGAAGCAUGGAGGAAAGUAAAAACGACAAGGUGAACCAGGCUCAUGUUCUCUUCGACAGAUUUGUCCAGGCUUCCACCUGCAAGGGGACUCUCAAGGCUUUCCAGGAGCUCUGUGACUACCUAGAACUAAAGCCCAAGGACUAUCGUUCCUUCUAUCACAAACUCAAGUCCAAGCUCAAUUACUGGAAAGCCAAAGCCUUGUGGGCCAAAUUGGAUAAAAGAGGCAGCCACAAGGACUACAAGAAGGGGAAAGCAUGCGCCAACACGAAGUGUCUGAUAAUUGGGGCUGGACCCUGUGGCCUUCGUACAGCCAUCGACCUGUCGUUCCUGGGAGCCAAGGUGGUGGUGAUAGAGAAGAGGGAUGCCUUCUCCCGCAAUAACGUCCUGCAUUUGUGGCCCUUCACCAUCCACGACCUCAGGGGCCUCGGCGCCAAAAAGUUCUACGGCAAAUUCUGUGCAGGAUCCAUAGACCACAUCAGUAUCCGUCAGCUCCAGCUCAUCCUUUUGAAGGUUGCCUUGAUCUUGGGAAUAGAGAUCCACGUCAAUGUGGAAUUUCGGGGGCUCGUUUACCCUCCUGAGGACCAGGAGAAUGAAAGAAUAGGUUGGCGUGCAUUGGUCCACCCCAAAACCCAUCCAGUGUCUGAGUAUGAGUUUGAAGUAAUCAUUGGAGGGGAUGGCAGGAGAAACACCUUAGAAGGGUUUCGCCGGAAAGAAUUCCGUGGUAAACUUGCAAUUGCUAUCACAGCAAACUUCAUCAAUCGCAACACCACAGCUGAAGCCAAAGUAGAAGAGAUCAGCGGUGUGGCCUUCAUCUUCAACCAGAAGUUCUUCCAGGAUCUCCGAGAUGCCACAGGCAUUGACUUGGAGAACAUUGUCUACUACAAAGAUGAUACACACUACUUUGUCAUGACUGCCAAAAAGCAGAGCUUGCUGGAUAAAGGGGUGAUACGGCAUGACCACGCCGACACAGAGGUCUUGCUCUCCCGGGAGAACGUGGACCAGGAGGCUUUGCUGAACUAUGCCAGGGAAGCAGCAGAUUUCUCCACUAACCAGCAGCUGCCAUCUCUGGACUUUGCCAUCAACCACUACGGGCAGCCUGACGUGGCCAUGUUUGACUUCACGUGCAUGUACGCGUCCGAGAACGCCGCCCUGGUGCGCGAGCAGAACGGCCACCAGCUCCUCGUGGCGCUGGUCGGGGACAGCCUCCUCGAGCCAUUUUGGCCAAUGGGAACUGGAAUAGCCAGGGGAUUUUUGGCUGCCAUGGACUCUGCUUGGAUGGUACGAAGUUGGUCGCUUGGAGCUAGUCCUUUGGAAGUUCUUGCAGAGAGGGAAAGCAUUUAUAGGCUGCUGCCUCAGACCACCCCAGAGAACGUGAGUAAAAACUUCAGCCAUUACAGCAUUGACCCUGCCACCCGAUAUCCCAAUAUCAACGUCAACUUCUUGCGGCCACAGCAGGUACGCCACUUGUAUAAUACAGGAGACUUGAAAGACAUUCACCUGGAGAUAGAGAACUUUGUGAACUCCAGGACACCAAAGCUGACUCGAAAUGAGUCUGUAGCUCGCUCUAGUAAAUUGCUCAGUUGGUGCCAGAGGCAGACUGAUGGAUAUGCUGGUGUUAAUGUGACAGAUCUCACAAUGUCAUGGAAAAGUGGCUUAGCUUUGUGUGCCAUUAUCCACAGAUACCGUCCAGACUUAAUAGACUUUGAUUCCUUGGAUGAGAACAAUGUGGAGAAGAAUAACCAACUAGCCUUCGACAUUGCUGAGAAAGAGUUUGGAAUAUCUCCCAUUAUGACUGGAAAGGAAAUGGCAUCUGUUGGAGAGCCAGAUAAGCUGUCAAUGGUGAUGUACCUCACACAGUUCUAUGAGAUGUUCAAAGACACCAUCCCCUCUAGUGAUAGCCUGGACCUGAAUGCAGAAGAAAAGGCAGCCCUGAUUGCCAGUACCAAAUCUCCCAUCUCCUUCCUCAGCAAACUGGGACAAAGCAUCUCUCGGAAGCGCACUCCCAAGGACAAAAAAGAAAAGGAACUGGAUGGUGCAGGAAAGAGGAGAAAAACCAGCCAAUCUGAGGAUGAGGACCUCCCACGAAGCUACAGAGAAGAAAGGCCCACACUGGUGAGUGCCCUGACAGAGAGGAGAAUUGAUGCUGCCAUUGGGAAUCAGAACAAAGUCAAGUCCAUGGCAACCCAGCUACUGGCCAAGUUUGAAGAGAAUGCUCCGGUGCCGUCCUCAAACUUACGAAGACAGCAACCUGUCCUGCCUUAUCAAGAACGUGUUCACAGCCAGCCAUCCAGCAGACGAGAGCAGGGCCGGCUUGCUCCCAUACCCCAGUGGAAACAGAUGAGGCAUAAGGAACGUUCUCGGACCUGCCCCAAAAAAGUGAUCAUGCUUUCUUCUUCCACUCCAUCUUCCUCUCCACCGUAUCCCAGGCAGCAGAGAUUCAGGGAACCUGGUGCCGGCUAUCCCGGGGAGCAGAGCCCCAGACAGGAAAGGAGAUCUCCUCGUUUCUUUUCUCAUGACCAAGUGGCCAUGAAUGUUGAGCAAAGGGCAUUUCAGCUGGCUGCCCUCCUGGAGUCACGCCGUGCACUGAGGCAUCAGCCUGAGAGCGAGCCGUCUCGCCGAUUCUUUGUUGACCAGUGGGAGCUCUCCCUUAGCCUCCGCUCCUCCAACCGCCCUUCCUCACCCUCAUCCGACUCUCUCCGCCAGAAGUACAUAAAGAUGUACACAGGCGGAGUGAGCUCAUUGGCUGAGCAGAUAGCCAAUCAGCUUCAAAGGAAAGAGCAACCCAAAACCCUUCUAGACAAGAAGGAACUGGGCUCUCUGAAGAAGGAGUUCCCCCAGAACCUGGGAGGCAGUGACGUGUGCUACUUCUGCCGCAAGCGCGUCUACGUGAUGGAGAGGCUCAGUGCCGAGGGCAAGUUCUUCCACCGCAGCUGCUUCAAGUGCGAGUACUGCACCACCACCCUGCGCCUGUCCUCCUACGCCUACGACAUCGAGGAUGGUAAAUUCUACUGUAAACCUCACUACUGUUACCGAGUCUCUGGUUAUGCUCAGAGGAAGAGGCCAGCAGUGGGUCCUCUGUCAGGAAAGGACACCAAAGGACCUCUGCAGGACACCAUGGCCAGCGAAGGGAACGGACGGGCCAACAGCAUCCCCACCUCAGCAGAGAGGGCCCCAGGUUCCAGUGUGAACGGGCUGGAGGAGCCCAGCCUGGCCAAGCGGCUGCGGGGCACUCCCGAGCGCAUCGAGCUGGAGAAUUACCGGCUGUCCCUGCAGCGCGAGGAGGAGCUGGAGGAGGUCCCCGAGGAGACGCUGGCAGAGCACAACCUCAGCAGCGUGCUGGACAAAGGGACAGAGGAGGAUGUGCCCAGCAGUAGUUCAGAAUCUGAGAUGGAGGAGGAAGAUGAGGAGGAGGAUGAUGAACUACUGCUGCCUCAGCAGCCCCCUUCAGACUUGGGUGGUGUUCCAUGGAAAGAGGCCGUUCGUAUCCAUGCCCUCCUGAAGGGAAAGAGUGAAGAAGAGAUUGAGGCUGAGCAAAAUCAUGAGAUUGAGUACAAAUAUGAUGAUGAAGAGGAGGAAUACGAAGAGGAAGAAGAUGAAGAGUCAAGUGAAGAGGGGGAGUAUAACCCUUGGGAGAGAGAGCUGCAGCAAGGCCUCUGGCUCCAACGUCUCUCAGACGAAGAGGACUCGGGUACACCUAAAGCUGGAAACCUUAGGCUGCAGCAGAUUGUAAAUCCGGUUGAUCCUCUGGAGAUCCUGGCUGAUGUGCACUGGACACACAUCCGUGAGAGAGAGGAGGAGGAAAAAAUGGUCUCAGCCUCAAAGUCCUCCACCUCCAGAGCAUCCGACCUUCCCUCCGUACGCCAUGAGGCGGUACAGGCGUGGCUGGAGACGGUCCCUGGAGCUCCCUGUGAGGAGGAGGAUGUGGAGGAUGAGCUGGGCACAGAGCCUGCAGACACAGAAGGGCAGGCAGGUGAAGAGGGAGACACGGGUGCAGAGCUGGAUGAUGACGACAUCGCAUCUGAUGCAGAAGCGGAGUUUCGCUUACGUCAGGGUGGUGUAGAAAGGCCAGAACUAAAAGUCUCUGAGGAUGAAGAAGAAGAAGAAGCAGAAGGUGCUUCUAGCAGUGUGACAGAAGAUCCAUGCAAGCCAUCCAUCCCUAUCCAGCCCUCUAGUGACAGUGUUCUCCCUCUGUCUCCAGCUGCUAGUCCCAAAGCAAAACAAGCAGAGGAUGUAGAAGAUCCCCUGGCUGAAGUACGCCGUGCAAUAAAAUCCCCAGAGCCACGCUUUUUUCCUGAGCCUUUCGUUCUUGAGGAAAGACCAAAGGAUGAAAUUCCCAAAGACAGGAAAGUUCAGAGCCCUUUGGUGCCACCAUCUCCAGUGUUGUCCCAGCCGGUUGCAUCACCAGAAGCCAUUGCACCCUCAUCACUAUCAGAGUCUCAGCCAGGAGCACCAGCACUGCCCUCAUCCCCAGCAUCUGCCCAAAUGCCUAUUUGUUCCCAGCCUUUGCCUUCUGCUGAAACAUCCAUUCCAUCCCCCGUGGAGCCUCCAGUGUGUUUCCAACCUGUCCCAGCCUUAACAUCGACUCCUUUAGCCAAACUGGCCCUUAGGGGCCAGGAUGGUGAGGUGGAAAAACUGGGGAGCCCUACUACUGCAGAGGAAGCCCUGAAACGGAGCAGCCUCGUGGAAGAGUUCUGGAUGAAGAGCGCUGAAAUCCGGAGGAGCUUAGGGCUCACCCCCGUGGACAGAAACAAACGCUCAGAGAGCAACUUCACUGUGUCUGCUCUGGAGACAACUCCUCAGAAGACUUUCAACAGCAGGAAUAUUUCAGGGGAUGAAAGGAUCCAUCCUGUGAAACCCCAGCCUGCCCCAAGAAGACAGGGACUAUCCAAAUUAGAAAAUGAGCAGAUUUCUCUGCUCACUCCGAAAUCCCCAUCAGAAAAAGAGCUAAAGAUUUCCACUGAAGCACGGGGAGAUGUAUCCAGCAGCUCUGGGCUUGGCCUUCAGGAGAGCUCAUCUAACAUGAGAACUAUGGCUAGCCAGAGCUUCAACACCUCUGACUCCACCAUGCUGACUCCUCCAUCGAGCCCGCCCCCACCGCCUCCUCAGAACGAGGAGCCGGCCACGCUGCGUAGGAAGAGGUACCAGGCGCUCUGGCAGAACGAGGUUGAAGCCAGAUCACCUCCAACACCAGCAUCAACACCUCCUGUCCCCCGACACCAGGAGCCGGCCCCUCCUGCCAAGGAGUCCCCCCCGGCCAGGAGAGACGACGUGCGGAAGUCGUUCGCGGAGAGCGUGGAUGAAAUUCCGUUUGCCGAUGAUGUCGAAGACACGUACGAUGACAGGACAGAGGAUUCAAGCCUUCACGAGAAGUUCUUUACACCUCCCACCAGCAGGCCAAGACCAGAGAAACCACACCUUUUGCCCUUGGUCAGAGAAAAUGGUGGUCCACCCUCGAUGGAAGGAGGGCUUCACCAAAAGAAGAGAGUGUUCCCUGACAUUUCUGUGGAGGCCAAGGAGCUUGCUGAAGAAAGAAUGAGAGCCAGAGAGAAAUCUGUCAAGAGCCCGGCUCUACGUGAUGCCAUGGCCAAGCACUUGUGUAAGAUGAAAGAUAUGGAGAUGGCUGCUGCUCCUGCUACUGGGGCCACGAGGGCACGAAAGGCAUCUUCUAUGCCCUUGAAGACCAAAGAGUUGUUUUAUGACUCUCCAAAGCAUUUGGCCUUGAAAUUAGCAGAGGGAUCCGCACGAAAACAUAAUUCUGCUACUGAGAAGUACUCCACUCCUCCUGCUGAUAUGGCUGGGCCUGAAGGGUCUGUCAGCUCUUCAGAAGGCUCCAGUGGGAAGAGUAAGAAAAGAAGUUCCCUCUUCUCCCCUCGUAAGAACAAAAAGGAGAAGAAAUCCAAAAAUGAUAGCAGACUUUCUGACAAAUCUAGUGGUGGGACAGAGGAAGCAACAAAGCCGAGGUCGUUAUGGAAGUCUGUUUUCUCUGGCUAUAAGAAAGACAAGAAGAAAAAGGCUGAUGAGAAAUCCUGCCCAAGUACUCCCUCAAGUAAUGCCACCGUGGAUUCUGGCAAGCACAAACCCUCUCCACUGAUUACAGCUGCAGAUUUACAGCUCCGUCAACACCUGAGUUUCUCAGAGGACUCCGACCUCUCCAGCGAUGACAUUCUGGAACGCUCCUCCCAGAAAUCCAAACGAGAGUCGAUCUAUGUACCACACGCCUUGGCAUUCAAGAGAUCAUACUCGUCAAAGAGGGCCUACACAGAAGAGGAGCUGAACGCCAAGCUGACGCGGCGAGUACAGAAAGCUGCCCGCAGACAAGCCAAGCAAGAGGAGCUAAAGAGGUUACACAGAGCUCAGAUUAUCCAGAGGCAGUUGGAACAAGUGGAAGAGAAGCAGAGGCAACUCGAGGAGAGAGGAGUUGCUGUGGAGAAGGCCCUUCGAGGAGAAGCAGACUAUUGGGGAGAGUCUUAUUACAGUGACCUCAUCGACUUGCAUCUGGGUGUUGAGCCCAAUGCCGGGACACCACGUCGUAGACCUCUCUCCUUCUGCCCUUGCUGUGCCCAUGAAGGCAUGGGUAAGAAGGAUGACCCCAAGCUGAUGCAGGAGUGGUUCAAGCUGGUGCAGGAGAAGAAUGCCUUGGUUCGCUACGAGUCUGAACUGAUGAUAUUUGCUCGGGAGCUAGAACUGGAAGACAGGCAGAGUCGACUGCAGCAGGAACUCCGUGAGAGGAUGGCAGUAGAAGAUCACCUGAAGACAGAUGAGGAGCUCUCGGAGGAGAAGAGGAUCCUGAAUGAAAUGCUUGAAGUAGUGGAGCAGAGAGAUUCCCUUGUGGCUCUCCUUGAGGAGCAGCGGCUUCGAGAAAAGGAAGAAGACAAGGACCUGGAGGCAGUCAUGCUUUCCAAAGGUUUCAGCUUGAACUGGUCCUGAGCUUAACACAUUUACCUCUGCUGGUCUGUGUUGUCCAGUUGGCCUACUCUGAGUUUGCCAGAAUUACAUGGAUAGGAAGAUGUUGAAGGGGAAACCUCCGAAGGGUCCAACAGCAUGCAGAGAUUUGGUUUGAAGCACUCAGAAGCCUUUUGAUAAGUGUGUUGGUUCCAGAAACUUAAGUUUUACAUGUCUGCAAGCCAAGCUGAAGAAAUGAGUUGAGUCUGUGGAGUCUCCUUGAGGUCCUGUACACAUAUUUUGUGUGUGUGGUAGGAGGGAGGGGGGAAUAAUCCAUGUGUGGGGAAGGAGGUUAAGGGAAGAAGUACCCUUAACUACAUUGGAUUUAAGGCAGUCCAUUCCUUCCCCAUUUUCACUACACCAAUUCUAAUAAAAGGGAGGGAAGUGGCAACCCUUCCUGAAAAACCACAGCAGCCUGUAGCAGUGGAGUCAGCUGUCCAAGAGAGCUCCAGAAGCCCAGGGCAACACCUUCUUUGCUUUAGUCUUCCUCCCCACCAAAGAAACCUGCAGUUGAUCCUUACGCAUGGGUAUGAAGAAAUACAAGACAGAGAAGAUACUGCUAUGUGUGAUGGAACUCUGCCUCUUGGUUUUUAGAGAGAAGUGGGCAUCAGUGGAGUCUUUCCCUACCUUAGCCUCCUAAAUCUUCUUGUGGGGAGCAAGAGGAGCAGAAGAGAGAGGGAAGAUGCCCAUCUGCUUUGCUACACACUGGAGAGACAGCUACUGCUGGCCUUAGUCUUCAUGGCCACAGCUCAGAGGCUGGUGGGCUUCCUUGUUCUGUUUUUAUUGUGACUGUUUUGACACUGGAAAAUACUGCUGUGGGACAGUGGUAAGUGAGUGCUGGGGCAGGGAUGUUCCCAGGCAGCAUUCCCUGGUUAUUAGGCCCCUAAAAGGGAGAAGCCCUUAAGUGACUGAACCACCAUUAAGACUUUUCAGUGUUUUUAUUUUAUUUUUUUUUCCUCUGUAUUUUGUUUUUGCACAUUGGAAACGAAGCUUAAGACCUGCCUGGGCCCUCAGUCACUUUGACCCUUUUAUGUCAAUUAACUUAUUUUUUUAAUACUUGAAAGAAGAUUCAUUUUUGUAUCUUUUAGGAAAAAAAAAUGGACGAGUGAUGGGUGUGUGUGCCUGCUGCAUCCUACAACUUCCACUUCAAAAUUACUGGACGUUGUUACCUGUGGCUAUUUAUUAGUGUUCUUAUUAAUAAUUUGAUUGUUACACAUAUUUGAUUGUGGAGGGAGUGUUUUAACUCUGUUAGAGAAAGACACUACUGCGGAUUGGUCCCUGCUUCACAGCAAGGGCAGCCUUUAUGUACCCAUGGAUGCAUCCUGCCCUAGGAGUUUUCCUCUAUGAAAAAAUCCUGUACACUCAUGGAGUUCAAGAAUCUAUUUGUGUUCUCAGCAUCCUUUUCUUCCACAUCCCAGAUUCUCUCUUUUGGAUUAACAAACCUAUAUUUAUUUAAAUUUUACAUUUUUAUAACAAGAAAGCCAAAACUGUGAGGUGUAGAAAUAUCCCAUAUGUCUCUUUCUCACUGAAAGAGGGGAUCCUCACAGUCCUGAUACAGUUUGAGGGGUUUCCAUGAAAACAGAAAUAGCACAUUUCCUGCUGCAUCUAUUGGAAGAAGCUCCUUUUGGCCCAGUUAGCAAAUCUGCUGCUUUUCAGCCAGGAGGGUCCUGACCAUAACCACACCAUAGCUGAUGAGCAGGAUAUGCACUGAGCAGCUCAGCACCAUUCCCUGUGGGACAGAAUCCCUGGGCAAACCGUGUCCUUAACCUACCCUGCAGAGCUGAAACAGCGCCGUGCACUGGGGAUGUGUCCCAUGCUUCACAUCCUUCAAACCUUCCCAGGUUUCCCUCCUUGGGGUGCUGCGUUCUUGUCCUGUUAAAGAAGUACCAAGGCUGCUUUCUGAUGUCUUUGAGAGCGUGUCCCAUGCCCAAGCACAUUUGUACAGCGCACUGACUCUUCCAGCUUGCAUUGACACUGCCGGUGCGAGGCACCCCAGCAGGGCUGAACAUCCUUCAGUCUUUUGCCCCGGCACAGAAGUUUGCAUGGUUUCUUGCUGUUGGCUCUCUGCCUCCUUCAGAGGGGUCUUUCCUGCAAGCCAAGGUCUAUGAUUUGAAUCCACCUCUGGCUUGGGAGAAUGCUCCAGGUGGAGGGAGAAUGGGCAGGAGUGUCCAUGGGGACUCUGAGCAGUGCUGGCUGCUAAUUGUGGAAACAUGUGUUUUCCACCCAAAGUGUUCUCCCUUUAUUCCACCUAGUGUUUUAUGCUAAGGCAUUACAAAUUCAAUCCAGACACUCGUGAAACCAAGCAGACAGGCAGGCAGCUGCAGUGCUACUUGAUAACUGUGUGUGUUUAGCAAGUGAUACUUGCCAUACCAGCAUCCAGGAGUGUUGGCUUUACCAACAGGAUGUCCAACAAACACAAUUCCCUCCCGUUUGCUGGUGCAGGGCCUGCUGCCCGACUCAAACUGGCAAUGGUAGUUUACACAGUCUGCAUUUGAGGGGCCACUGGAAGCUGGAGUGCAGGAAGAGGGAAGAAAGAUAGAAAGUUUACUGUAAAUUGUCUUGUGCAGAGAAUUGACCUCAGUCCAUUUUAUAGUGCACUGGGUAUAUGGACCACAUCUAACUUGUAACGAAAGGUCAUUGAAUGUGAGCUGUAGAACAGAAAAAAGUCCUGAAGAAGAAACACCAGAUGGUUUCUUUUCCCUUUCGUGCUAGGGGACAUUGGCCAGAUCUUUGCAAUGCUGAAGAGUGAGAUCACUUGAGGGUAUAAUACCUUAUUGCACAGAAAACCCACACAUUCUAACCCUAAACUCUUUGGGUUGUGCUGAAGGCUUCCAGCAGCGAGAAUGAAAACGAAGAGCUAACAUCGCACACACAAAUUGAUUAAAAAUACACAAAAGGGAAUGUUAAAAGGCCUUUUUAUAUCAAAAUGGUUGUAAAAGGCACAACUUGUUAUUUGCUGUUCAGUUGCACUUUAAGAAUAUGACUUGCAUAUCAGAUAGUGGGUUUUUUUACUCUCUGAAUAUUUUUAAUUCAAAUUUUGUAUUUUUAAAGCUGAAGAGGGCUCUUGUGAGCACAAGAUUCCUUAUUUGUAUCCGAAUCCGAGCAGGAUGCUCUAGCUCUUUGCGCUGCCCGCAGCAGCAGUGACUCAGCCAUGCGCAUUCAAUGGUGUUGUGUCCAUUUCACACGAGGGGAGAGCCAAGAGCCCCUCAGCUCCCGAGACCUGGGCACCCAAGGGUGGCUGUCCCCAGGUGCCAUGGUCCUGACCCGGGGCUGGAAGAGAGCUGAGCUUGGAACCUGAGCCGUGUUCGUUUUGAAAUGGGCACACUGAUGAUGGGGCAAGCGCUUCAGCCCCCUACGGGGAAGGGAGGGGAACACCAACUCCUGGAGGGAAAGGCCCAGGAGGCAAAUGGAGAUGGGGGAGUGAGGACUGCCAGAACAAGUAACCUGCUGUUUUCACAGUACCAUUUCUUUCUUUGUUUUUUUAGCUGUUCUGUUCCUUUUAACUGUAUUCUCAUUAAAAGUCACAACUGGCUGUAAAAUUCUGAGCUUCAGAGAACUAAUGUGUGGGGAGGUGACAAGACAUUUCAGCUCCAACUUUCAGACAUGUUCCUUCUUUCAGUUGACCAAUACCCCCUGGUCUCACUAGGGCAUGUUAUAAACUGCAUUGCUGAACAUAUUUUAGAGCAAACCGCAAGUUUUAAAAGUCUGUCCUUCUCUCUCCGUCUCUGCAUUUUCUGUAAAUAUUUGUUUGUAUGUAAAGGCACCAGUGGAUCCUUGGGCUACCCCCACGGUCAAGAAUCUGAGUUUUGUGCAAUGCCUAGGCCUCUGUUAGAACACGGUGCUUGCGUAGAGCUAGUCACCACAUUUGUGUGCACUCUGGUGGGUUUUAAUAUUUUUUAUACAUCCUAAUCCUGAACGUUAUGAAGUAUUCUAAGUGGUCUAGACAGCAUGAUCUAGAGCAGCCGGCAGUUCCCUUUUGUGAGCAGCUACACCUUGUUUGGUUAACAUUCUUCUAAAAUGAGUUUUCCAUUAAGUGUUUACACCACACACCAGUGGAUUGAGAGAGGUGUUGCAUUGUAAAAUCUCCCGUGUACAAACUGAAAAGCUGCGAUGGGAAUUUCAGUUCUCAAUGUCUGUGAGGGAGAGCUCUAAAGCAUACUAAAAACCAGCCUGUAUAUAGUUCACAGAGAGAGAGAUCGCUGGCUGUUGACCUUUGCAAAGUAACAGAGAUGAGAAGCUUUCCAGAAGUUCCUGCUUUUGGAUUGUUCAAGGACUGCUUGGCAGGUACUGGGCAGGGUAGCAGGCAGAUGAGGAUGUCACUGAAAGCAGGUGAGGAGGGGAGGAUGCCAUGUUGUGAUGGCAUUGCAGUAAUUUAAAUACUCUGUGGGUGCAUGCGUGUGUGUGUGAAGUCUAAUCCAGGCAAAGGGAGUUGCUUUGGCAUCUGCCCUUUAGUAUGAACGUGAACUCUGAUAUUCAGAUUGUUCAAGGCUUUUACGGUUGGCAUGUGUGGAGCGUUAACAGAAAAGCGAAUACCCUACCUGUACAAAACCAACUCUGUUCCAGCCUGUUUUCUUCUGUUUGGUUGUGUUUUACCGUUUGUUUUUAUGCACACUUGCUUCAUUGGUGUUGAAAUUUUAGCACCUCAGAUGGCCAACUGAACUAAAAAAAAAAAGAAAAAAAUAAAGUCAUUAAUUAUUUUUUCUU